UUCCGGUUUCGCUGAUUCAUUUCCGGGUGAACUUUGCCGCAGAGGUUAGCUUCGGCUCUAGCUGCCUCUGAGCUGAUUCAUUAUUUUCUCCAAACUCAGACUUUGACGUUAGCCUCCUGCCUCGGCGGCUGAUCGAUCCCUCGGGCGGUGGACGGUACUGGAGCCGAAGUCCACGGACCCGUGGCCCCGCGACAGCUGUCCACGACGAGCUGGCGGGUCUUCAUCCCUUCCUGACUCACUUCCUGUUCAGGGGCGUGUCUCCAUCGUUCUUCGUAGCUCUGUCCGUCUGCACCGCCGCCGCAUCGGACCGGUCCGACGCCCCUCAGCUCAACGCUUCGGCCGCCGACGCCAAUGCGAAGCACGGCGCCACCGUCUUAGAGCCGCACAUUCUGCAGAGUCGGUGCGCCGCCUUCAGGUACCGAACCAGCUGCACUUUAGGAGGAGGAGCCAGUCCUGGACACAGAGCGAUGCCCGGAUCCACGACGCCGGCCAGCAGCAAGGCUCGGGUUUACACCGACGUGAACACGCAGAAGAACCGCGAGUACUGGGACUACGACGCUCAUGUGCCAAACUGGAGUAACCAAGACAACUACCAGCUGGUGCGAAAGCUGGGCCGAGGGAAAUACAGUGAAGUAUUCGAAGCCAUAAAUGUGACCAACAAUGAAAAGGUGGUGGUGAAAAUCCUCAAGCCGGUGAAGAAGAAGAAGAUCAAACGGGAAAUUAAAAUCCUGGAAAACCUGCGUGGAGGAACCAACAUCAUCCGCCUGGUGGACACGGUCAAAGACCCCGUGUCCCGAACACCAGCGCUUGUCUUUGAGUGCAUCAAUAACACAGAUUUUAAGGAGCUUUACCAGAAGCUGACGGACUAUGACAUCCGUUACUACAUGUAUGAGCUCCUUAAGGCUCUGGACUACUGUCACAGUAUGGGCAUCAUGCACAGAGAUGUCAAACCACACAACGUGAUGAUCGACCACCAGCUGAGGAAGCUUCGUCUCAUCGACUGGGGGUUGGCAGAGUUCUAUCAUCCCGCUCAGGAAUACAACGUCAGGGUGGCCUCGCGGUACUUCAAAGGCCCCGAGCUGCUAGUGGACUAUCAGAUGUACGACUACAGCCUGGACAUGUGGAGUCUGGGCUGCAUGUUGGCCAGUAUGAUCUUCCUGAAGGAGCCAUUCUUCCACGGACAGGACAACUACGACCAGUUGGUUCGUAUCGCUAAAGUCCUGGGCACCGAUGAGCUCUUCGGUUACCUCCACAAAUAUCACAUAGAACUGGACACACGCUUCAAAGACCUGCUGGGACAGCAGACGCGGAAGCGCUGGGAGCAGUUUAUCCAGGCAGAGAACCAGCACCUGGUGAGUCCAGAGGCCCUGGACCUGUUGGACAAACUGCUGCGCUAUGACCACCAGCAGAGGCUGACGGCAGCAGAGGCCAUGCAACACCCGUACUUCUAUCCGGUGGUGAAGGAACAGGCCAACGCCAACACAGACGGAACCAAGGCAAUAAGCAGCUCCAACGCAACAUGAUGACGACGGAGACCAGGAACAGUGUUUGUUACCUCAGCUUGUGACGUUUUUGUGGCCGAAGCCUCUGCCUCCACUUCUACAGCCAUACAGGAGCAUCGUGUCAGCUCAGCCAAGACCAGAACCAGAACCAGUCCAACCUGAUCCCACAUCAGCGCUGACACCUCCUCCCCUCCCUGUUUGAACCCAUAAACCAGAGACUGUGGGUGAGCGCAGCCGCCGCCGAGCGGAACCGACCCAGACCCAGACCCGGCUCAGAACCAGAACCAGGUAACUGAGCGCCACGGAGGCUCUUUCUGCUACGUUAGAACAAAAGUUAUAUUGACAGAGAAUAAACCAUUUUUAUUUAAACCA